AUGUCGGAGGAUCUUUCACCUACCAGCAGCAGGGUGGACUUGAGCAAUCCUCAUGGGUUUACCAAAGAAGGAGUGGAUUUAUCGAAGUUGUCACCACAAGAACUAAAAUUGUAUAAAAUGUAUGGGAAGCUUCCUUCCAAGAAAGAUCUAUUAAGACAUAAGAUGCAAGAUCGUCAAUAUUUUGACAGCGGUGAUUAUGCAUUGAAGAAGGCCGGAGUCAUCAAGUCAGAUGAUGUUAUCGUGAAUAAUUCCAGCAACAAUCUACCAGUCACCAAUCCUAGCGGUUUAAGGGAGUCUAUUAUUAGGAGACGUAUGAGUAGUAGUAGUGGUGGUGAUUCUAUUUCGAGACAAGGGAGUAUCUCAAGUGGGCCUCCACCAAGAUCUCCAAAUAAAUAA